AGCGCGGGCUCUGCUCAAUCCCACAAUGCUGAGUGUGCUUGGUGUUUGCUUGGACUGCGAAGAGAUUUUCUCAUUGAUUUGAAAGGAAAUACAAAAUGUCAGAAGAAAAUAAGGUAAAAAGGUGGUUUAUUUAUGAAGUAGAACGAGUUAUAUAGCGACACUGUUACUGUUGCUAACACAUAUUGCGCUAUUUUAUAGGAAGUGAAACCCGAGUCAGAACAUAUCAAUCUCAAAGUCAUGGGCCAGGUGAGAUCUUACUCGAAAUGUUCGUUGAUAAAAAUUAAACAUUUUAUCGUUUAAAGCAUGUUCAUUUUAUGUAUUUGACACCGUGAAAACCAGCCAUCGGUUGUCUAAUGUAAUUUUGAUUUUAAAAUGCUGGUUGUGGGGAUGUAUGAAUACGAAAUUUUAGAUGGCGUGAUAUGGCGGUCAAAUAUGGCACGUGUUACCAAUUGAAGUUAAUGUUGAACUGAUUCACCUGUACAUAUGAGUUACAUCGAGGUAUUGCCGCACAUGUGAUGAAUAGUCAAAACAGCAGAGUUUUGUACGAGAUACAACUACCUGAACAAUAAACUUUGGCAUGUCAAGCAAAGAUCUUUCAUCUGGAAGUUAGAAUCCCAAAUUGGGUCGUUCCAAAAAGUGGUCCUGAGGGGGAUGAAAUGAAAUUUUGUUUGUGAUUAUAGUAAAUGUAUUUGGAUGUGCAGAUAGGUGGAAUGCAUAUUGCUUGACAAAUAUCAUCAUUGGAAAAUCAUUGACUGAUUUCCUAUUGACUGCUGAAAAGUUGGAAAAUUCUGAAUGUAAUAUAUAUAUACUGUAGUCUGUAGUCAGUAAACUUUGUUUGGAAUUUGCCAAUUUUUCAGCAGCCAAUAGCAAAUCAGUUGAUGAUUUUUCUGGUGAUGAAAUUGCAUCCUGCCUAUUAUAUACAGCAAAAUUCAAUAAAAAGCACUUUUUAUUAAUAAAGAAGUUUAAAUGGUUCUAAACCCCUUCCCAUGCAUUUUAAAAAAUAUAGUGAUUUAUCCAAGGUCUGUUGCAUCUAGUUUUUUGAUAGCUUAAAAUUUGUGUCUGUUGGUGGUGAAACUUGCGGCAGAUCACAUGGAACGUGCGGUAAUACGUCAAAUACUGAGUUAUACCAACAAGCAUUUAUGAGCGUAAUUAUAUAUUUUGAAUCAUGUGCACGUUUUCGUCCAUGGUUUUGUCGAGCAAACACAAAGAAAAUGUUGAUUGUUUGCCGAAAAUUUACAUAAUCGAGCGCCUUAGUAGAAUAGAUCGAGGUAGGUAAAGCUUUGAUGUUUUUUAUUUACCUUACAUUCUGUUAUUUGUUGUGAUUUUGGAGCCAUUGUGCUCGCACUGAUUUAUAUUUAUCCUGAAGGCGUUUGUUACAAGGUUUAUUAUAUAGCGUGAAAGCACAAUUACUCAAUUUUAUACGCAAACUGAAACGGAGCCAUUGUGCUUGCACUGAUAUUUGUAUUGUGUACAAAACUUCCAAACUACUAUACAUUUUGUGAAUAACAUGAAAUAUAAAUAUCGAACAAAAUUCUCAUUUACAAUACUAUUGAAAUUGAAUACAACGAAAUAGCAAUCUAUAAUUAUUUUCAAUCUACCACAGUAUUUCACCAUUUCCCUUGGUUUUUGUAUCUGCGAAUGCAGAUAUAUUGCAAUUGUGUGCGUACCGGAAGUUUGUAAGCGUGCUCAUAGCCAAUCAGCGACAGCGUAUAGAUGAAAUGACAUAAUGAUACUAAUUUCAAAAUGGGGGUUACUGAAGGGUGAAACAAGGGGAAAUUUGUGAAUUUAUGAUUAAAAUUAUACAUCAAACACAGUCAAAACAACAUCAUUUUACUAGUCUGAAUAUGGCAAAGGUCUAGAGUGUAUUUUUGGCAAGCAUUUGAAGGGUGUCAUCAUUUAAUACGCAGUGGAAACGAAAUGAUUCGCAAUUUUUGACAAGAAAAUUAUUGACUAAUGACAUUGAGAAUACUAUUAUGAAAUGAGAAUACUAUUAUGAAACUAUGAAAGUAAUGAUUCUUCCACAUGUUGCCAUUAUAGGUGUACAUCGAGUUGUAAGUGUUGAUGUUUAUGUACUUCUCAAUUUAACAUUUCCAUUGGUGACUUUAAUUAAUAUAAAUUAGUUGAAUGAAACCAAAUAGAAGGCCUUUAUAUAAUUUCUUUUUCAAUGAUCAUAACUAUAGACAAUUGAUGUCUGCUUUCAUUACAGACAAGCAGACUUUGAUAGAUUAUUUUUAUACAAAUUUAGCAGAGUCAGAAGCUUAAAAGUCACACAUAUUGGAAACAUUUCUCUUAAAGCAGUAUGUGCAUUGAAUAAUUGCUUUCAUUAAAGCAAAGCCAAAGUAAUAGUGGCUGCAUAAAGAGCAGAGAUUCAGCUUCAGAUUGGAAUAUCAAUACUUACAGUAACAGUUGCAACCAGUCAUAAUUAUCAACUUGCAGUAUAUAACUAUAUAUCCUGGGUGUGCUCCAUUCUUCAUCCACCAUGAUUUCUGCAACUGAAUGUCAUUGCCAAGAACACCAGGUAAGCAAUUUAUAUCCCCUUCACCUAUGUCAUACUAUAUUGUCUUAUAAUCAACAACAGCCAUAUGUCAUAAUGGGAUCUUAUUUAUAGCACACAAUGUACAAAACUAACAUACUAUUCUGUUGGAUUUUCUUCCACGACAAAAUAUUAUUGCGUGGAUCUGGUAGGCUGAAUUAUAUCAUUGUAUUCAAGAACUAUAUGCAUCGAUUAUACUUCUAAUUUCCAUACUUGGCAUCAUUUCUUACUGAUGAGUGACUUUCAAUAUAUGACCUAUUUGAUAUAUUUACUUGGCAUAAACAGUUGAUUUAUGUGCCAUCAACCCUGACUAUGACAUUUUCUAAAAUGAAUUAGAUCAAUUAUAAACAGCAGAAAUGUUGAUGUUAUGUAUCAAUUAUGGUAUAAAAAGGCUUUCAAAACUCUGCAAAUGUAUAUUGGCACCACCUGUUAUCCUGACAACUUCUAUGCAUUUACAAUGUUCUCGCAUGCCUGCUAAAGUUUAUUAUGAACUAUCAAGAAGAUUUGGAACCCGACAUGUUUUAACAAGAACAUUAUAAAGCUAAGAUGAUUCAACAAGAACAUCGUAAAACCGAAUAUCAUCUUUGUGAAGUUUAUAAUAUGGCCGGAAUUAGUUGCUGCAAGUUGAAUAUAUAUAUUCAGCCAUUUUAUUUUUCUUUCAUCUGACAUACUAUAAAUCUAACUUUAUUUAACUGGUCAACUGUUAAACAUCAGUCCCUUAAAAUUUUUACAAGCUACUGAGUAUUGAUUAAAGCCGUUGGCAACAGUGCAAUCACCAUGAGCAGAUACAUGUACGCUUAGCGUACCUAUUUUUAUAUCUUCAAAAAGUUACAAUAAAGACAGUAUACCUAUAUAGUAAUUACAAUGAUUAUCAGUAUAUACAAUAUACAAUAAUAUGUUUGCAAUAAAAUGUAGCACUGGCAGUAGAGCAAUAUAUAAUACAAAAGUCAAAACAAUUAAAAUCCAAACUAUAUGUAAAACAAGACUGUUUAUAAAUUUUGAAAAAUAGCUGAAAUGUGCUAUUUUUCAAAUAUGGUUUCAUGAAGCUAUUAGAUCAAAUUGUACAUAUAUUCACAAUUUUUUUAUGAUUAAUUAACCCAAUCUUUAUAGCCAUCAUAACUCUUUGUCGUAAACUAUACAUUGAUACCAAAUUGAUUUAAGUAUUUUGAGACUGCUAUAUGUUAUAGUAUUGUACUGUGCCGUGUAAUUUUGUAUUGUGAUAUGUUGUUUUGUGUUGUAUUCUUAAAAUUUAGCAAUUUUUAAAGGGCCCCACAGUAAUUGGUGUAUACUGUUGUGGUGACCAUGCGACUUGUUGUAAGUGGCAAAGUUUAAUAAAUAUAAAUAUUCUUUGCCAUGGGUUAACGGUGUAACAUAUUAGAAUUUAGAAGUACCGUCACAGCGUAGAUAUUCUUUUGUGGUUAAACUGUGGCAGCCAUACUUUUCUUGAGAUAUAAACUUCGGUUGAUUCAAGGGCGGAUUUUCAUUUAUUUAAAAGGUGGGAUGCAAGUGGCACCACUCAGUGAACUUCGGCAGGUGUUAGGCAUUUGGGUUAAAGCCUUUCACACAAAAUAGGAGGGGUGAAGCGAAAUUAUGGUGGGUUUGAACACUUUAUUAGAGGGAUUAGAGAGAUUCUAGAGGGUGUUUAACCCCCCUCCCCCCCAGUAAAUCCGCCCAUGGGUUGAAUCGGUUUGCCUGGCUUCUAGAAUGCAUUGCAGGUGAAUGCAUAUAGCUAGCUGUUCGUUUACAUGUGUGCUUUGUCACUUAGAACUGGUUGCAACUUGCAUUUACCCAACUGGUAUUUACCCAAAAUGUUCAGAUACUUUUGAAUUAACAAAAACUUUUCAGUUCAUUACAAAAAACAGUAAAAAACACUAACAUGGCAGGAUAUGCACAGAUUCAAAAUGUUUAAAAAUAAAUUCCUUUCCUGCAAUGAAUCUUGAGAAGUUAUUAGAUUACAACCAUUCAUUUCGAGCAUAACAGUUCGUGUUUUAAAUUUAAUGAUCCUGCUCUGGUUUAACUGGGAAGUUAAAUGCAUGGUCAUUUUGCUUCAUGGUCCUUUCAUUAUGUACUAACAUAAAGUUGUUUUGCUAUAUAGCACAUAGCUGCAUAAAGUCAUUUUUAAAGUGUUUUGCUACAUACACAAAGUCCAUUCACCAGGGCCAUCGCUGCGGGUAAAAACAUCUUGUCAGCAAAAUGAACGAUUUUUUCAGUGAUUUUUACAUUGUUUGUUUGCAAAUUUGACCUCCCCCUGCCCUCCCCCCUUAAGCCUCUUUGCAACGGCCCUGCCUUUCACAUACAUAAAAAUCAUUUUGUUACACACAUAAAGUCAUUUUGCAACAAGAAUGGAAUAUCCGUGUUCAGAAUAUGUAUUAUGCCAUUGGGGUCAAUUAUUCUCUUGCAUAACAGAAUGGCAAAGAAGUGGUCUGCAGAUUGUUAUAUUAUAUGUUUGAUGCAAUGGUUCAUGAUUCAUGAUCAGGGAUGUAUACAAGCAUUUUAGUCUAUAUAGAGAAGUUAGAGUUUCACAAGCAGAGUACUCCCCCCCCCCCUGCAAUUAUUCUCCAACAUUUACCAUAAGUCACAAGAGAAAACCUGACCCACUCAGUUAGAAAAAAUAUGUUGCCUGUUUUAUAGGAUAACACAGAGGUUCAUUUCAAAAUAAAACGGACAACUCAGCUAAAAAAACUAAAGCAAGCUUUCUGUGACAGACAAGUAAGUUAAAUAUGAAAAGUUAAAUAGCAUUCUUUUAAAUGAUUGCAAUCGUUUGCUCCACACACACUUAAUUGCUUUUUUCACUAAAACAUUUUCUUCACCAGAAGUUAAUAUAUACUACAUAUGCUUUGUGACAGGGUGUAGCUCUUAAUUCACUGCGAUUUUUGUUUGAUGGACAAAGGAUAAACGAUGACCAAACACCAAAAGAUGUGAGUAUCCUUGAAUGUCGCUUUUCAUGCAACUUGUGUCACAACGUUGGGAAAAUGAUUUUAGCAUUGUAUUGUGUUCUGUUGGAAGUAGUUUUGCACCAAGUAAUAGAUUUCAUGCAAUUUUCAAUAAUGAUGGUAAAAAGUGGCAUAACGACUGAGUUUGCUUGUUUGUUGUCAGUUUGACUGGUAAGAGUCAAUAGGAAGCCAUCCAUUACGUAAACACAUGAGACAAGUUGCACAACGAUAUCUUACAAUGCUCCAGGAUACAAAAACGAAAACGUUGCUGCAGCCAUUACCAAUCCUAUCCGCUCGGUAGCUGCCCAAAUUUGGAGUUAUGACAUCACCGUGGCAUAUUGAAAACAAAUAUACCACGUUUGACGUAAUGUCGUGGUAUAUUGAAAAACAAUGUAACACGCUAUGACGUCACGCUAAUUUAUAUGCGGCUUAUGCCAAAAGCAGGAAAAUACAAAUGGCGUCCUCAAAGGAAAGAUUCCCCGACCUUUUUUGUGUAUUCUGACAAAUAAAUAAUAAAAUCAUUUAUAUUGAAUUCGGUUCUCGCAGGAUAUGAGGAAUUAUUAAGGCCUUGGUUUGUGUUAUCUGCUUCGGCUUUGACAGAUAACAAAAACCUCAGCCUUAAUAAUUCCUCAUAUCCUACAAGACCUCAUUCAGUAAUUGUUUAAUGUUGUAUGGAUUACCAACAUGGUAAUUAUUAGCUAAAAAUGGGGUUGGUGAAGUUUUGCUAACCUAAGUUUUCCGCAAAAUGUUCAAAACUCUGUAACUCUAUUGGAUUGUAUGCAAUCUCGUAGAUUUUAUUGGCGCCGAAAUGGCUGUAGAGGAAUCUAUGAUUACAUGAAUACAUUGCGGCACCCGACCAGGGAAGGUUCCAUUUUCUGAUGACGAAUGUGGAAUCCUGUGGUAGGGAGCUACGAACUAGGGUUUCUUGGAUAUUUUUGCUGUGUCAAAAAGAGGGGGUUAUGGGGAAAAUGUUCGAGGGUGGUUCGAUUGAUCUUGUUUUGUUUCACAGCUUGAAAUGGAAGACGAUGAUGUUAUCGAAGUUUAUCAAGAACAAACUGGAGGUUACAGCUAACUGUCAAUUGUAAAUUAAGAGAACUGGUCUUGCUACCAAUCAACAUAUACAGGCUGGAGAAUGAAUUUUUACAGUGAACUAUAAACAUUUUAUUUCAUCAUGUGUACAGUCGUUGUAGAAUAUUAAGUGGUUGACAUAUGUAGCGUGUUAUGUUAUUUCGAAAUAUUUACCAAUAAGUCAGGAGCUUAGUAAUUCUUAGUAUUAUAUAGUCUUGUAUAUUCUCUGUGUUAUUAUUUCAUUUUCAAAACACUGUAUAGGUUGUUGUUUUAAUUUUCAUGGUUAAACUAUGACUUAUAUUGUUACUGCUGGAAAAUGUAUUGUUUAAUUCGUAUUCAUCAAGUCUUGGUUGUUGAGAAUAGGCCUGUGUAAGCCUCUGUGUGUAAACCAAAUACAAGACUUUAUGCAUAGCUAUAGUUACGACUGUGCUACCACCAUCAAUCGCCAGACUUCCCACAUGACAAUUUCAUUUCAAAAACAGAUCUCGAAUUUUAAAACAAGCAAAUUGUAUUUCAAGAUUGAAGAUGACAAAAAUAUCGUGCUGGAUGUUGGAAAAUUUCGUGCGAUGAUAUUUUAUUAAAAAAUCCUGGCGGUAGUCCUUCUGGCGUGCCGGUCAUUUUCUUGCAGCAUUAGUUCAGAAGGCGGUUAGGUGAAUCCUUAGCCUGCGCGAUUGUUUGAUCGAUGAGACGGCGCGCAGACCGCUUAAUCCCUAUCAAUAUAAGUUUUAUUUCGUGAAGUUUCAAAAUAAAGGGACGUGCAGAAACACACAAACCGGGACAGCGUG